AUGCAUGGCGAAGACAAGCUUCCGCUUGGCCCAGAUGGAAAACCACUAAAGCCCUGCUGUGCCUGUCCAGAAACUCGAAAAGUUCGCGAUGAAUGUAUUGUUCGCCAUGGAGAAGAGAAGUGCAAAGAUUUGAUAGAUGCUCAUUUGGCCUGCCUUCGUUCCCUCGGCUUUAAAAUUUGA